GUCAAUUGGAUUAGCAUUUCCACCCCGAAUACGAUUUUUACAAAAACACAACAAAAAGACAUUAUCAGACACAAGUAACACAUCAAAACAAACAAAUAAACAUCAGACAUUUGGUGAUAGUGAUGGGGAGGGACAAUCAGAAAAUGAAAGUGGUAAUGAAGAAGAAGCAGAAGAUAAAAUGGUGUGUGCAUAUGACAGUCAAACAAAAUCAAUGUCUGCUCUGGGGUUUGAAAUUGAUGAUGAAGGGGAACAACUUUUCUCAGUAAAACAGGUUGAUAUUGAAGUACCAGAAGGUUUUGGAAAAAUAGACUAUGAUCAGUUGACAUCAACCUCUGAUAAAACUAGAACCAUCACCAGAGAAGAAGAAGUCAAAAAGAAACAGAAAUUAGCCAGAAAGGCCAAUGUAUCAUUAAAUACUAAAAUAGUCUUUGAAGAAGGCAAGGAAGAGUCUGAUGAAGAUGAUAAAGAUGAAAAGAAGGGAUUAAAUAUAGAGUUAGCUAAAAAGAGAAUGCAGGAAGCUGAUGUUCAAGAUAAACAAAACUAUAGGGAGAUGAUCAAACUCAGAAAAAGGGAAGAAAAAAUUAAAUUAAAAGAGAAGAGAAAAGCGGAAUUAGAGGAAAUGAGGAAAAGAUUAGCGGCUGAAGAAGGAGAAGAUGAUGAAGAAGUAGAGAUUGUUUAUCAUAAAGAUUCAGAUAAUAAUUCAGAUAAUGAACCACAGCAAUACUCUGACCAGUCAAAUAGUGAUGAUGACAGACCAAGAAAAAAGAAAUUCAAACCAAAUGAUUCUGAUGAAGAUCAGCUAAGUGGAGAAAGUGGAAGUGAUGAAGAGGAGGGAAGUGAGGAAGAGGGAAGUGAAGAAGAAGAAGAAGAAGAGGAGGAAGAUGUGUCUGGUGUUGGAGCUUCAUUACCUGAUGAUGAACAAUUAGCUCUAAGACUGUUACAAAAAUAUUCAUAAACUGUUAAUAAAAAUGCUGAAUUUAU